UUUAAUUGAAGAUUGAGUUUGAGAAAUUGGUUUGGAUUAGUGUUAAACUUACAAAUUAGAUACUGAAUUUGGGUUAUUUUAGGAAAUCGGGUAUUGCAAUGGCUGCAAAACUUUUAAACUCAUGGAAGGAAGACAACCCAAAUCUUAUUCGACAUCAAGUUGGAUGUAUGAAGGGAGUAUUUCAUAUGUUUGAUCGUCCCUACAUGCUCAACAAUCGGCGUAUAAGUGGUCGUAACCACAAGAAACUAGAAUAUGAUAACCAUCACUCCAAUGGUAGUGGGCAAGUAGAUGAAGAAGAAACAGAGGAUCUGUUCCCUCAAACCAAGACCAAGGAAAAGAACAUGAUCAGGAAUGGGAAGGAUAAACAUGAACUAUCACGGGGAUCUUCAUCUUCAUUCUCAUCUGCUGACUAUAAGAGAAAAGCUCAACCUGAACUUUUGUCUUUUGACCAGGCUCUUUCAUUGGAAAGAAAUAAUAGGGAAUCAAUAAUGAGCAGAACCAGCUCAUCUUCACAUUUACCACGCCCAACACUCGAUCUGAGAGAUGUGGUCAAAGACUCCAUGUAUCGAGAAGCUCGAACACUAUCUCUGAAGACAACCAUUGAAGAAGAAGUACCAAAGCAAAGAUCAUCUUCUGAUCUAAGGGAGUCAAUAGAUGUUCUUGCAAAGCUUAAAGGAACCCCACAGAAUCUCAAUGGAGACGUUUCAAAACAUCCACUCAAUAAUAAUGUUUCUCGUCUUUCUUGUGAUGGAAAGGAUCUUAAAGAACUGCCCAGACUUUCUCUUGAUAGCAGAGAAAGAUCAAUUGGAAGUUUAAACUCUGAUUUGAAAACACAUUUCCCUUUGAGACAUUCGAAGUCUCAAAGGGAGGUCGGUUCUAGCAGCAACUCUGGCACUCCUCAAUGUCCAAGUGUCGUGGGACAGCUAAUGGGUUUGGGGAAUUCCCAGAGGUUUAGAUUGGACAUUGAUGGAAAAGUGGAAUCGAUAAUGAACUUUCCAGUAGAAGAGUCUAAUUCUUUCUCAAGAUCUUCUACAUUGGCGGAUUCCAACCAGAUACAAAAUUCUCCGAGGAGCAAUUGGAGGGAACCAUCUUCACCACGGAGGAAAAAUCCCGAUAUUGUCAUGAAACCCAUUCCAAAUUCACGGUUACCAAGUGAAAACGCUCCUUGGAAGAGUAGUAGUAAUUCCUUCCCUUCUGUUUAUGGUGAAAUAGAGAAACGUUUGAAGGAUCUUGAAUUCACACAAUCCAGUAAAGAUCUCAGGGCCCUCAAACAGAUUCUGGAGGCAAUGCAGGCCAAAGGACUGUUGGAGAUGAAGAAGGAAGAGGAUGGAGGAGACUAUGAGCAGAAGUAUAAAGAGGAUCAGAAUAAUUCCCAACUGGUUAACCAACAAAGGCCAUCAUGUUCUACAGAUGAUAAUUCCACAAAAUUUGAGUCCCCCAUUAUUAUAAUGAAACCUGCAAAGCUUAUUGACGAAUCAUGCAUCCUUGCUUCUAAAUUUAUUCCGAUGGAUAUCCUUUCACGGGUUCCAGAACGUAAGGAUGGUGAAUACUCCUUGACUGGAAGAAGAAAGUUGAGUAGCCAAUCGAGCAGAAAUCGGAUUCAGAAAACUACUGCCACCAGCAGUAAUUCUGCUUUACCUGAUGAUAGGAAAAAGAGUAUCAAAACCGCUAGAUCACCACAAACUUCAUCAAUGAAUCAUCAGUUGCCCAAACAGACAACAAGCUUGGUUAAGAACUCGGAAUCAGUAAGCCCGAGAUUGCAACAGAAGAAACAUGAAUUGGAGAGGCGAUCUCGACCACCCACUCCUCCUGAGCCAAAGAAAAAGUGGAAACAGAACAAGGAGCAACCUGAAUUGAGCUCCCCAGGUGGGAAACGUAGAACUAAGCUUGCCAAAGCAAAAAUAAAAAAAGAGCAAUCUAUUGAUAGUGAUAACUUGUCCACUCAAUCAGAAGGACAUGUUUUCUCAGAUUCUGGAAAUGAAACAGAAUUCUCAUUUCCCGAUAAACACACUGGCACCAAUGAAAGCCCGAGUUCAAAAUUGAAGAUUGCAAAUCUGUUACUAUCUGAACCUGAAAAGAAGCUGAGUGUUCAAUUGAGUGAAAAUGUGGCAGCUGAUGAACUUGCUCGAGUUACACCCGCACAACCAAGUCCUAUAUCUGUUCUUGAUUACUCAAUUCAAAAAGGUGUCAAUAAUACCAAUGAGAAACAAUUAUCUCCCGUGAUUAAAGAUGGAAGCCUUAUUGUUUGUGGUGACUCUUCCAAUGAAAACAUCUCACCAGAUUCUACAGACAAAAUUCUUCUUAAAUCAGAAAUCAACCGCGAGAAGUUAGAGAACAUAGAGACCUUAGUCCAGAAACUAAAGCGUGUAAACUCAGCACACGACGAGUCAGAAAAUGAUUACAUUGCAUCUCUAUGCGAAGACUUGAAUCCCGAUCACAGAUACAUCUGCGAAAUACUAUUGGCUUCUGGACUCAUUCUAAGGGAUCUCGAUUCUAGCCUUGUGAAUUUUCAGUUACAUCCGUCAAAUUACCCAAUCAAUCCAGAAUUAUUUAUGGUUUUGGAACAGACUAAGGCAGCGACUUUCGACGAAGAUCAAAUGCUUCACAGGAAGCUUAUCUUCGAUGCGAUAAAUGAGAUUCUCGUGGAGAAGUUUACAUUGCUCAGUCUUCCACCACAGCCAAGGCCAAAGCCAAUGUCUGGUAGGCUGACUGAGAAACCCAUGAAUGGGCAGAUGCUAUUGAGAGACUUAUGUUUGGAAGUAGACAAGCUCCUACAGAAUCAGGACAAGUUUGACUCUUCUCCUGGGAAGGAAAAUGAGGUGUUGCAAUCCAUAAUCUUUGAAGAUCUCAUCUCUAAAUUGGAAAAUUCGAAUGACAUGGCUGUUGAUGUGUAUGAUGUGGUUUUGAAUGUUGAGAGAAUGAUUUUCAAAGACUUGAUUGAGGAGAUUGUUUUUGGUGACGCGACUUGUUUCGCGAGCCAAAGCCAGUAAUACUUAAUCUGCAUGUUUUCAGACUUUGUUUCUUCACAAUUAAUAAUAUUGUCUUUCUUGUUCUUCAA